GCGCGAGAGACGGCGCCUUCCCGCCGGAGCUGUGAGGCAGGACGGAGCUGGGAGACAGCAAAGGCGGAGAGACGCAGAAACAUGGAUGGAGAAGUGGAGAGAGAGAGAGAGAGAGAGAUGACAGGAAAAAUGGAAAGAGUGCAGCCGCGCGACCUGCUCCGUGCUGGACCGGGAGGCGUACAGAGUUUGAGGCGGCAGAGCGGUGACCGCGCGUCGGGGUGGAAACUAACCGGAAGACCGCUGUUGGCAACUCCCGGACCUACCGGACCUAGUGUUUUUUGUUUUGCGUGCCAUCAGCGGAGGAUGCUGUUGCAGCUGUCGGUACAAACCGCCCGGUGGUAGCGCUCGCCCCUUCGGAGUAGCAGCAGCAGCAGCGAGUGACCCCUGUCCGGACGGGUCUUCCCCCGGCUGGGCUCCAGCUCCAGCCGUUUCCCCGGAGAGAGGAAGGACCUCCGGGUUGACGCGCAGCGCUGGUCACGACAGUAAAACUGGACAUUAAUUGUGAGAGGAUUUGGAGGAAUAAUUGCCCCUGCCUGUCCGACUGGAUUGUUAGAUUUGUUUUAAGGUACCCCCCCCCCCGGCGUGGAUUGGUAAUUUCGUUUUUUUCCCCCGGAGGUUUGGAGCGGCUCCGCUUGGGUACCGAGGAGGAGCGGAGCCUGUAGCCGGGCUGGAGCGCUCAGAGCUGGGGAACCGCGCAGCUCUCACCCGGUCCAGAGCGGUGCUGUCGGGCAGAGAGAUGGCGGCGCUGAGAUGGGAGGUCCUGCUGUUCCUGGCAGUCGUUCUGCUGGUCUCCUGCGGCGCUGCGCCCACCGACAUCCUGUAUCGAGUUCCUGAGGAACAGCCACCCAACACGCUGAUCGGUAGCCUGGCGGCGGACCAGGGCCUGCCUGACACUGGCCACCUCUACAAGCUGGAGGUGGGCUCGCCGUACCUGCGGGUCGACGGCAAGACCGGCGACAUCUACACCACCGAGAUCCCCAUCGACCGCGAGACGCUGAGGGACUGCCGCAACCUGUUUGAGGGCGACAAAUGCUUCCUGGAGUUUGAGGUGUCGAUCACAGACAUGGUGAAAGGCAUCAGCAACGGGCCGCGGCUGAUCGAGGGCCGGAUUGAGGUGCUGGACAUCAACGACAACACGCCGCAGUUCUCCUCGCCCAUUCUCAGCUUGUCCAUCCCAGAGAACAUGCAUGUCGGCGCCCUCUUCGCCAUCCCCAUGGCCACCGACAGGGACUCCGGCACUAACGGCGUGGCCGAGUACUCGCUGAGCACCGGUCCGGACGCCGACCAGCUCUUCAGCCUGCAGGUCGCUGUGGACACGGACGAGAAGCUGCCUCAACUGGUCGUCAUGGGCAACCUGGACCGUGAGAAGAAGGAAUCGUACGACCUGAACAUCCGGGUGGUGGAUGGCGGGAAGCCGCCGAGGGCGAGCAGCGCUUUGCUGCGGGUCACAGUCACCGACCAGAACGACAACGCUCCCAAGUUUGAGAGGAGUCACUACGAGGCCGAACUGCCAGAGAACAGUCCGCUGGGUCACUCUGUGCUGCAGGUCAGAGCCAAUGACGCAGACACUGGCAACAACGGAGAGAUCGACUACAGCCUCCAUCAGGCGUCGGAGACUGUCCAGAGGCUUCUGCGCAUUGACCGUUCUACAGGCAUCAUCUACGUCAAGGGCCUGGUGGACCGUGAAGAGGAGAACUUCCUCAAGUUCUUUGUGGUCGCCAAAGAUCGUGGACCCAACUCCAAGAGCUCCAAAGUACUGGUGACCAUCAACGUCAGGGACCAGAAUGACAAUGCACCGGCCAUUGAGAUCCGUGGUAUCGGCCUGGUGAUACACCAGGACGGCGUGGCCAACAUAUCUGAGGACAUGCCCAUUGGCACGCCGGUGGCAUUGGUCCAGGUGUCAGACCGUGACGAGGGGGAAAAUGCGGUGGUGACAUGCGUGGUUGCCGGUGACGUCCCAUUUCAGCUGCGACCUGCGAGUGAGUCAGCCAACGAUCGGAAGAGGAAAUACUUCUUGCAGACAACUACCCCGCUGGAUUAUGAGCGUGUCAAGGAUUACAGGAUUGAAAUCGUUGCUGUGGAUUCUGGGAACCCAGCCCUGUCUAGCACCAACUCCCUCAAAGUCCAGGUCACGGACAUGAACGACAACACGCCGAACUUUUCCCCCGCGUUGCUCGAGGUCGACUUUCCAGAAGGCAACCAGCCAGGUGACAUGGUGCUGGGCGUCACAGCGACAGACGCAGACAGUGGCACCAACGCAGAGCUGGCCUAUAGCAUCAUCGAGCUCUCGGCCAGCAGGCUGUUCGAAAUCGAUUCCAACACUGGAGACAUUCGUGUGAAGAACCUGCUGGAUCGGGAAGAAACUGAUCGUUAUGAGUUCCGUGUGGCGGCAGCAGACAAGGGUGUUCCUAGCAAAACUGGCACUGCAACGGUGGUGAUUAAUGUUCUGGACCGCAAUGACAACGACCCUAAGUUCAUGCUAAGCGGCUACAGCUUCUCUGUCAACGAGAACAUGGCUCCGCUCAAUCCUGUUGGCGUUGUGACCGUCACCGAUGCCGAUAAAGGUGAGAACGCCCGCGUGAGGCUGUUUGUGGAACCGGACAAUGGCAAGUUUGUAAUCCAGAACGGCACUGGAACCAUCCUGUCCAGCAUCUCCUUCGACCGCGAGAAGGAGAGCACCUACACAUUCCGUCUGAAGGCCGUGGAUGCUGGUGACCCACCUCGAUCCUCCUAUGUGGGUGUUACCAUCAAUGUCCUGGACGAGAAUGAUAACUCCCCCUAUGUCACCAAACCAGCUAACUCCUCCUACACAUACAUGUCACCUGUCACCCCGCCAGACACCCGUGUGGAAGUGGUCGAGGCUGAGGACAUUGACUCUGGACCCAAUGCUGAGCUGUCCUACACCAUCACAGGAGGCAACCCGUAUGGCCUGUUCCACAUCUCUCCCAACAGCGGGGAAAUCACACUGGCGCAGGAAUUCACCGGCAAGCACAAUGGCCUGCACCGCCUGGUAAUAAAGGUCAGCGAUAAAGGCAAACCGGCCCGCCACACCACCGCCCUAGUCCACGUUUUUGUCAAUGACACCAAGUCCAAUGUGUCCCUCAUUGAAGCGCUGGUGGGCCACAGCCUCUACACCCCUCUGGACAGGGACAUUGCCGGAGAUCCCAACUACGCCCUUGCUCAGCGCAGCAACAUCCUGUACGGCAGCCUCGCGGGUAUUGCUGGUGUGAUUCUGGUCAUUGUGGCUGUGGUGGUCAUCAGACACCGACUGCAGAAGGACACCAAGAGCGGCUACCAGGCUGGCAAGAAGGAGAGCAAGGACCUGUACGCUCCCAAGCAGGGCCCCAAAAAUGGCAAAGGGAAAAAGAGCAAAAAAGGAAAAGCUCCGAAACCGGCCAAGCCACUGGAGGAAGACGAGGAGGCCAGCCUGCAGAAGGGCCUCAAGUUCAACCUCAUCAACGACAACGUCAACGACAGUCCCAGAAUCCACCUGCCCCUUAACUACCCGCCGGGAAGCCCCGACCUGGGCCGCCACUACCGCUCCAACUCCCCCCUACCCUCCAUCCAGCUGCAGCCACAGUCACCCUCCGCCUCCAAGAAGCACCAGGCCGUUCAGGACCUCCCCGCCACCAACACCUUCGUGGGAACGGGCGACAACAACUCCACAGGCUCAGACCAAUAUUCGGAUUACAGCUACAAGGCCAACCCGCCCAAAUACAGCAGCAAACAGCUCCCCCACCGCCGAGUGACCUUCUCCACGGCCAAUCAGGCGCAGGACCUGCAGGACGCGUCCCAGCACAGCUACUACGACAGCGGCCUGGAGGAGUCGGAGACGCCCAGCUCCAAGUCGUCGUCAGGGCCGCGGAUCGGGCCGCUGGCGCUCCCGGAGGACCACUACGAGCGGACCACGCCUGAUGGCAGCAUCGGCGAGAUGGAGCACCCGGAGAACGACCUCAGGCCUCUUCCCGACGUGGCAAUGACCGGUAACUGCACACACGAGUGCACCGAGUUUGGCCACUCCGACUCCUGCUGGAUGCCCGGCGAGCCUUCCCCCAACCGCAAGGUGCCCAAGAACGCCCCCAAGCUCUCCACCUUUGUGCCUUACCAGGAGAUAGACGGGCAAGAGCAGCUGAUGGCCAACGGCAGCCCCAAGCCCCUGACAAUGGAGGAGCGCGGGACGGGCAGUGGCGGCGGCAGCAGUUCCAAAGUGGCCAACAUGCGGUUCAUGACGCCUUACAGCAGUGCCUACCCUGGGGGCGGAGACUCGUCUGGCAAAGACUGUGGGCUGGAGGAGAUCCCGCUGAGCCAGGCGGUGGAGUACCACUCGGCCACCACUCCGACCGGCCAGACCUCCAAGAGGGAGAUCUACCUGUGAGGGCGCAGCUCUCCACCUUAAAACCCCCAACCCCUUCCCUACGCUCCUCCUCAUCUCCCCGUCGCUACUCGCCACCUCCUGUCCCGCCCCCUCACUGCAGCCCCCUGUGCCUAUUACUCGCUGUGCCGCAGCACCGACUCCCCCUUCUUCCUUUUUAUAACUGUAUCCACCGUACAAGGCUUUAGAUCCUCGUCCACCUCGCCCGCCGC